AUGCAGGAAAGUGUUAGCAACAAUCAGGUGAACCUUGAUGAUGAUUAUGUAUCCGAUCCGAAGGACACCAUCGAGGUGCAGCUCCCUUGGUCCAACAAAGAUAAAGGCUCUUCUUCCAAUGGUGAAGAUGCAGAGGAAUCUAGCGACUCGGGUGCUUCCAAAUCUGGACGAGAUUCUAGCAGUUCAGAGGGGUCCGAAUUUGAGGAGACAUCCACUGAUGAUGAGGCACAGUCCGACGAUGAUUAUCGGCCCCAGAGACGAAGAACCGAGAGGAAAAGAUCCGAGAGACGAAGACGCAAGCGACGAUUCAACAGCAAUGAGGAGAGUCUUGCGUCUGGAGGAGAGUCCAGCAAUAUAGAGAGGUCCGCAUCUGGAGGGGAAAGCACUGAUGAUGAACAAUUCGAAAAUGAGUAUCGACCCGAAGAACGAGGAUCUGGAAGAGGGGGAGCCGAGACUCGAGGCCCUCAGAGACGAGGACACCGUAAUGCGGGGAGUCUCACGCUUGGAAGGGAAUCCAGCCAUACAGAGAGUUCCACAUCUAUAGGGAAAUCCACUGACGAUGAACAGUCUGACGAUGAGUACCAACCGAAAAAUCAAGGGAAACGUCCGGCCGCAUCUCCGCCGUCCAGCCGAGGCAGAGAGACGUCCAAAAGAAAGCGCAAGGCUACUGUUACUGUCGAAAAGAGCAAAGGGAAGGCAUCGGUCAAGAGAACAAUGCCACUCGAGAUUGCGGAAUCUGACUCGGAAUCUGAUUCGGUACUUGGCAAAUGUUCAGGUGAUGUUAGCGAUUACCAUCCCGAGGAGGAGAGUUUCUCCAUAAGCGGAAGCUGCUGGGAUCAGACAGCUGGCAAAGCUGAGGAAGCCUCGUCGAGCUCACAGAAGAUUGCGAAACCCACCAAGAGGAAGACUGGUGCUACGACAAUUCGUGCUCCGUAUUUCAACAAAAGGGCCAUGUUCAGGGAGAUGGCACGCCAGGAGGAAGAAGAGAAGCAGCGAAGAUAUCAUGAAAGACUCAAUCAAAGGCUGAAUCAAAGACUCAAGCUUCACAAGUAAAACCAUACCACCUCUAGCGAACCGUUAGCAAAGCCUUGUAUACUCG